GUGCGUGUGUGCAGCGGGGAAAUUACGACCGUCGGACAUUGGUCGCUCGCCCCCAGGACAACGAGCUCGUUCGGCACGCGGCCAUGCACGGGGACCUCGGACGCGGCUAGCGUCGCAUUUCUCCUCCGUCGUCGCGGCUGUCUGUCAUCGUGCGUUUGUGCGGCGUGCCCUUGGCGAUGACGGCGGUGGAGAGCGCGACGGCGGCCGUCUACCAGCAGCCGUCGCCGCCGGGCCAGCUCUUGAACUUGGUCUACCUGACCCUCGCCGACCAGACGCUGCACACCGUCGACCAGGUCAAGUACAGCAUGCCACCGAUGGUCGCCCCUUCUGCAUACUCUGGCGAAAGCUACUGCGGCGCGUACACCUCGGCCGGAUACGCAAACGGAUACUCAGAUGGAUACUGCACGGAAUAUUCCCCCGGAGGGCCGUUUGCUGAGCUGACGGAUCAAUUCUCAGAGCUCAGUUUGGGAGGAGGUGACCCCAGGGCGGCCAGAAAGCCUCCGCCAAACUACCUCUGCCAUUUGUGUUUUUGCAAGGGGCACUACAUCAAGGACUGUCCGCAGGCACGUCCGAAAGGAGAAGGUCUCACGCCGUAUCAGGGCAAGAAGCGUUGCUUCGGCGAGUACAAGUGUCCGAAGUGCAAGCGGAAGUGGAUGAGUGGCAACAGUUGGGCCAACAUGGGACAAAAAUGCAUUAAGUGCCACCUCAACGUUUAUCCACACAAGCAGUCAAACCGGCACUGUGACAGUCUCGAGUUCAACUGGGGUCUUCUCAGAAUCAACAAGUUUGAACCCGAGGUGGCAUGUUAA